CUACUGGGGCGGAGCGGCGCCGGCGGCAGCAGUCCGGGCGGAGAUGGCGGCUGCUGUGGGGACUGGGACGUCCGCAGCCCCGACUCCGGCGGCCGGCACGGAGGGCGCCUGCUCGGUGCACUGGUUUCGCAAAGGGCUGCGGCUUCACGACAACCCGGCGCUGCUGGCGGCCGUGCGCGGGGCGCGCUGCGUGCGCUGCGUUUACAUCCUCGACCCGUGGUUCGCGGCCUCCUCUUCCGUGGGGAUCAACCGCUGGAGGUUUCUGCUGCAGUCUCUGGAAGACCUGGACACGAGCUUAAGGAAACUCAACUCCCGCCUAUUUGUGGUCCGGGGACAGCCAGCAGAAGUGUUCCCAAGGCUAUUCAAGGAAUGGGGGGUGACCCGCCUGACCUUUGAGUAUGACUCGGAGCCCUUUGGGAAGGAACGAGAUGCAGCCAUCAUGAAGAUGGCCAAGGAGGCUGGUGUGGAGGUGGUGACUGAGAACUCCCAUACGCUCUAUGACCUGGACAGGAUCAUCGAGCUGAACGGGCAGAAGCCACCCCUCACUUAUAAGCGCUUUCAGGCCAUCAUCAGCCGCAUGGAGCUGCCCAAGAAGCCAGUGGGCGUGGUGAGCAGCCAGCAGAUGGAGGGCUGCCGGGCGGAGAUCCCGGAGAACCACGACGACACCUACGGCGUGCCCUCCCUGGAGGAGCUGGGGUUCCCCACAGAAGGACUUGGCCCUGCUGUCUGGCAAGGAGGAGAGACAGAGGCCCUGGCCCGCCUGGAUAAGCACUUGGAACGGAAGGCCUGGGUUGCCAACUACGAGAGACCCCGGAUGAACGCCAACUCCCUGCUGGCCAGCCCCACAGGCCUCAGCCCCUAUCUGCGCUUCGGCUGCCUUUCCUGCCGCCUCUUCUACUACCGUCUGUGGGACCUGUAUAAAAAGGUGAAGCGGAACAGCACCCCGCCCCUCUCCCUGUUUGGGCAACUCCUAUGGCGAGAGUUCUUCUACACGGCAGCCACCAACAAUCCCAGGUUUGACCGCAUGGAGGGGAACCCCAUCUGCAUCCAGAUCCCCUGGGACCGCAACCCUGAGGCCCUGGCCAAGUGGGCCGAGGGCAAAACAGGCUUCCCUUGGAUUGACGCCAUCAUGACCCAGCUGAGGCAGGAGGGCUGGAUCCACCACCUGGCCCGGCACGCCGUGGCUUGCUUCCUCACCCGCGGAGACCUCUGGGUCAGCUGGGAGAGCGGGGUCCGGGUAUUUGAUGAGCUGCUGCUCGACGCAGACUUCAGCGUGAACUCAGGCAGCUGGAUGUGGCUGUCCUGCAGUGCUUUCUUCCAGCAGUUCUUCCACUGCUACUGCCCUGUUGGCUUUGGCCGCCGCACAGACCCCAGUGGGGACUACAUCAGGCGAUACCUGCCAAAAUUGAAAGGGUUCCCCUCCCGGUACAUCUACGAGCCCUGGAAUGCCCCCGAGUCCAUUCAGAAGGCAGCCAAGUGCAUCGUUGGGGUGGACUAUCCACGGCCCAUCGUCAACCAUGCCGAAACCAGCCGGCUCAACAUUGAGCGGAUGAAGCAGAUCUACCAGCAGCUUUCACGCUACCGGGGACUGUGUCUGUUGGCGUCUGUCCCUUCCUGUGUGGAAGACCUCAGCCACCCUGUGGCAGAGCCCAGCUCAAGCCAGGCUGGGAGCAGCACCAGCACGGGACCUAGGCCACUACCCAGUGGCUCAGCAUCCCCCAAACGCAAGCUGGAAGCAGCUGAGGAGCCACCCGGGGACGAGCUCAGCAAACGGGCCCGGGUGGCAGAGCUGCCCACCCCAGAGCCGUCAAGCAAGGAUGCCUGAGACUGCAGUCACCGCUCCAUGAGCAAAACCUGGGUGCCCAAGCAGCCACCGUGGCCGGAGUGCAACCCGCAGAGAAGCUGACCACCGCCUGAGACAGAGCGCGCGCGUGUGUGUGUGUAUGUGCGUGUGCAGAGGAAGGUGUGGUGUGCUGUGUGCAUGCAUGCUUACACCCUCAUGGUCCUGAGUGCUGCCUGGGCUGGAGGAGUACCUGGAGCGGCCCAGCUGGCCUCCAGGUACAAGGCUAGAGGUCAUGGCUGUGACCUUUGGCCUUGUCUGAGUGGAAGGUAGUGGUAGGACCCCCUCUCUUUGCAUCAAACUGAGGCACAGAAGGGCCACAUUUCUGGCUGUUGUCAGAAGCACAGGAUUCUAGAGGCAGCCAGAGUCCUGCUGAGUUUCCACUCCAAAGCAGGAGGCUAGGCAGGCAGGAAUGGGUGGGUUCUGUCCAGAUAUAGCUACCUGGCCUGUCCUCUUAUUUUGAAUUCUCCGCCACUGGCCCUUCAGCCUCUUCCUUGGGCAUCUGGGACUGAGGAAAGGCUGUAGACAGAUUGGAAAGUCUGCUCUCAGCUAGAAGUAUACCCAGAUGCUUGACUGAUGUAGCCUAAGAAGCACCUCCACCCUCUCAGGCCUGGACCCCAAGCUGAGGAACAGAAUCCCAGCUGUCACUGUUCCCUUCCCAAGAGCUGAAAGUUAGUGCCAGAGCCUACGCCUACUAGGCGCUGUGCAGGGACGGGGUCCCAUCUGGCCACGGUGCUCAGUGAGGACAUCUGACAGCCGGCCAGGGAAGCAAGCUCGUCAUUGUUCUGUAGGCUUCCAGGGCCUGCUGUGGGCUGGUCUGCAUCCAAGCUGCCAGGUCAGCGGUCCAAGUGGCUGGGCCCCAAAGGCUCAGACUAGGACUAGAGUGGGCACUGCCAGGGUUGUUGGCAGAAGUCUGCAUGGCGCUCAUAGCCAGACACUGUCCCUCCCAGAAGCAGUAGGCAGAGAUGCAUUCCAGGAGUGGCCCGUGCCACCUCUGCUCGCCCCCACUGUCAGGCCUGUGUCAAGAGAGGAGAUGAGAAGGACUGUGUGGCCAGCUGGAGCAAGUCUUCCUUCCACCCUGUGGCCUGCGCUUGAGCCACAAAGUGUGUGUGCGUGCGUGCGUGCGUGUGAGGAACAGAACCUGUGUGCGUGCACAAAGCUGAAAGGCUAAUUCCUGUUGGAUUGUCGUUCUCACGUGUAACACUAAGCUGGCCUCUGGGCCUCUUCCUCUACCUCCCCUGUGACCUGUCCAGCCUCAGAGCUGUUAACGCCCAUGGCCUGCCAUCACUGUCCUCUGUCUCAAGCCAGAACCCUGGGACAGGCUCUUGUCUUCUCAGUGUCCAGCACCUUGACAGGCUUCUUCCUGAGACAGCCUGCGGUUUUCUCAGCUAGAGAGCUGCCUCUGUAGAAUCCUACUGUUAUGUGUAUUGCCCUCACCAGAAAGGUCCUGUAAUCUGUGGGGAACGCCAUAGGUGCUGGUGUGUUUGGACCGCUGGGUGGGGGCUUGCCUUCCCUCAGCCCCAGCCAGGAGGAGGGAGAGUGGGGCGAGCCUGGAAGGUCAAAGGCUGAGGGCCAGAUUCCGUAUUUAUUGAGCAGCACCUUCAGCUAGUGAGGUGACUCCCCUCUGCCUACUGGGUGGCUCUCUUCCCUAAGAUACAGGUUGGCAUGGCCAGCUCCCCUCCUCUGCCAUUCCCAGCUUCCAGAGCAGUGGGGCAGUCCACUCCUGGAGCUGUGGAGAGGGCUGCAGUGGCCUGGAGUUCCACGGUGGCUCAGGCCUCCCUCCUUUCCCAAGUGGCCCAGGGUCUGCCACAGAGCAGUGCCCCAUACCCUGAUCCAAGGACCAGCAUGGAGAAGAGAUGCUCGCAGACAAAAAUGCACUUUAUAGAGAUUUUCUCUUGCUGGGAAGGCGUGUUUCUCCCAUGGUUUGUUUGUGAAUAUUCACUUGUUUUAUAAACAUCUGAUCCUGUCUGAA